AUGGCUGGGAACUCCACCACCACAAGUGACCGAUCCACUCAGAAGCCUUCAGCUUUCAAGUUAUUCGGCUUUCAUGUCACAAAUGUUCAUCAAGAAGCCCUCCCAAGCAAGGAAGAUGAGAACCAACAGCUGGAAUGCAUGAAAUUCAGCUGUCAGUACUGUAAAAAACUGUUUGCAAACUCUCAAGCUCUAGGAGGGCAUCAAAAUGCACAUAAGAGAGAGCGCCAAAGCUUGAAGCAUCGCCAUCAACUGCGCGGUAAGGGUCAUCGCUUGAUUGCUCCAGCUCCACCACUACCACCGUGCCUCGCGGCUGCACGGUGGCCUCAAAAUGGCUACGGAGUGCGAUCACCAUGGCUGCAAUGGUCCCCGGCUUUUCAACAAUUUUGUGCUCGUUAUGGUAAUGACGGCACUAAUGCAAAUCGGACAUUGGCUGUUAAAGGACAAGGGAGUGCAAAUGUGGAUUUAAAUCUUAAACUCCGUCCUUCUAAUUAUAAUUAG